GAGCCGGCGGCGGCAGGGAAGCGUCUCGCUCGGCUUGGCAGGACUUCAUAUGAUGAAUCUUUUAUUAUGGCCAACGACACCCUGGAAGGUUUUCACGAAGUGAAUCUAGCCUCGCCCACCACUCCAGAUCUUCUAGGAGUGUAUGAAUCCAGUGCUUCUGAACAAACUACCUCACCCACGGUCAUCUACCGGCUUCAUGCCUCAGCUGUGUGCUCCACGCCAAUUCCGAGUGCCCUGAGCAUCUCUGAUCUUCCUACACAACCCGUCUAUUCAUCUCCUAGGCACCUCAAUUGUGCAGAAGCAUCAGGUAUCAGCAUCAAUGUUACAGAAACCAUUCCUUGUUCUACCUCGGGACUCCAAGGUGCAUCGUCCAAAUAUGAUAAUUCCAGAAAGGCAAGCAGCAAUGCCGAGAGAGAAUUUUUGCAGGGAGCAACCAUAACAGACUCCUCUGAAGGAAGUGAUGAUGUUUCGGGACUGAGCACAGAUAGUCUGUCUCGCCUACAGAGCCCAUCGGUUUUGGAAGUCAGAGAAAAGGGCUAUGAAAGAUUAAAAGAGGAACUUGCUAAAGCUCAGAGGGAGCUGAAACUGAAAGAUGAAGAAUGUGAGAGGCUUUCUAAAGUGUGCGACCAACUCGGACAGGAAUUGGAAGAACUUACUGCCAACCUCUUUGAGGAAGCACACAAAAUGGUGAGGGAAGCGAACAUAAAGCAGGCGACAGCUGAAAAACAACUGAAAGAAGCACAAGGAAAAAUUGAUGUUCUUCAGGCCGAAGUAGCAGCCCUGAAAACGUUAGUGCUGUCCACUUCGCUGACAUCGCCCACAAAAGAGCUACAAUCUAGCGGAAAGACACCCUUCAAAAAAGGCCAUGUGAGGAACAAAAGUACGAGCUGUGCGAUGGGGGUCAGCAACCAGGAUGUCGCCAUGAUGCAGCCAAUUGUGAAAGACUGCAAAGAGGCCGAGUUAGCUCUGUAUAACGAAUUCAGAUCCUGGAAGGAUGAUCCCACUAUGGACAGGGCAUGCCCAUUCCUGGAUAAAAUCUAUCAGGAAGAUAUCUUUCCAUGCUUGACCUUCUCAAAAAGUGAGCAGUGGGAAUUUAAACUGUGA